GUCUUAUCGAUAAUAAUGACAUCAUCACUCACCUCUUUUUAAUCCAACUCCUACUCAUUCAUACCACAUUCUUCUCCCUUCCUUCUUCUCUCCCUCAAUAGAUAACUGUCGGUGAGCUGCCAUGGCGCCUGAGAAGGUGACCGAAAUGAUCCUAUAUGUUGAUCUCAAAUGCUCCGGCUGCUACAAGAAAGUGAAGAAGGUCACCGGCAAAAUGCCCCAAAUAAGGGACCAAGUAUUUGAUGUGGACAAGAAUGAGGUGAGGAUCAAGGUGGUAUGUUGUAGCCCGGAGAACAUUCGUGACAAGCUUUGUUACAAGGGUGGAGGUGCAAUUCAGAGCAUAGAGAUUGUGGAAAAGCCGAAAGCACCUCCUGGUGACAAGCCAAAAGAACCUGCUAAGCCAGCAGCCGACAAGCCUAAAGAGCCCGAGAAGCCAAAGCCAGCGGCUGACAAGCCAAAAGAGACUACUAAGCCGCCAGUCGACAAGCCUAAAGAGCCCGAGAAGCCAAAGCCGGCAGCUGACAAGCCUAAAGAGCCUGAGAAGGCUAAGCCGGCAGCCGACAAGCCAAAAGAUCCCGAGAAGGCUAAGCCAGCAGCCGACAAGCCUAAAGAGCCCGAGAAGCCUAAGCCGGCAGCCGACAAGCCUAAAGAACCCGAAAAGGCUAAGCCGGCAGCUGACAAGCCUAAAGAGCCCGAGAAGCCUAAGCCGGCAGCCGACAAGCCUAAGGAGGCCCAACCUGCUGACAAGCCCAAGGAGGCCGAAAAGCCCAAACCAGCUGAUAAGCCAAAGGACUCAGGCAAGCCACCGGAACCCGAGAAGGCUAAACCUAAAGAAGCAGAUAAACCAAACCCACCCAAGGAAGGACCAAUAACGGUGGGCGCGGGUCCAAACCCUGAAGUGGCAAAGAUGGUCUACGAGCCGGUACACGGCUAUCCACAAAUGUACCCAUUAUCCGGUUACCCGAUGGUGGGAUACGGGCAACACUAUGAUCAUUAUUACGGCGAUGCACCAUUUCAGAAUGGGUAUGGGACGCUGGUAGCACCACAACCACCACCAAGUUAUGGCGGGUUCGGAUACGGAUAUGAAAACGGGUAUAACGGGUACAAUGAUAACCGAAGCCACUAUGCAAGUAAUGAUUAUGGAGGUGAAGGAGAGGAUGGUGAAGGUUGUUCAAUUAUGUAAACCGGUGGGUGGUGGUUGUAGGGUGGUCACUUUCAUGGUGAAACAAAUCUUCAUUAUGAUGUUUGGAUCAUCUUUCAUGUGCAAAAACUUAUAAAGUUGCCAAAUAAUGAAUGAUGCAAGUUGUAUAUUUAGUCGGUUAUAAAAGACGUUGUCUUGUCUUGAUAAAGACGUGAGAAUUCAAUCAAAAUUCUUUUGGUUAAUUAUUA